AUGGCUGCGUUCGAAUUCCGCAACAGAAAAGUCAGCCUGCAACUGGCUAACAGCAAGCUUCGCUGUGUCUACGCCAUGAACCAGCAGCAUCUUCCGGCGUGCGCGUGUCUCCAUGUGCAGCUUGCUCAAAAAUGCAAUUUCUCCGGUUCUACGUACUUAGAAGAGAACCUACGUGAUCAGCUGGCAUACGGAUUGAGAAGUGAUGCGAUACGUUUCAAGCUGUUAACUGAGGAUAAAUUAACAUUCAGCCGCGCAGUGGAAAUAGCGACGUCGUUAGAGGCGGCGGAUCGAGACUCGAAAGCGAGCGGACCCAGCAGUGGCGCUGGGAGCGCGACAUCGGCGCCGAUGUCGACGCGAGAAGAGGACGUGCACGCGGUGCGCGUUGGCGGCGGCGGCGGCGCGCGCGCGCCCCCGCGUCGCAGGCAGCCGGCGGCGGCGCCGCGCGCGCGCUGUCCGCGGUGCUUGGGCACGCACCAUCCGAGGAGCUGCUCAUUCAUGAACACGGAGUGCUACGUGUGUGGCAAGAAGGGACAUAUUGCGAAAGCGUGUAAAAACCGGAAACAUCAUAGCGUCAACGUGUGUACGGAGUCUAGGGACACGAGCGACGACGGCGGGUCGGAGGACGCCGAUGACGAGUACGACGUGCCGUUGUACUCUAUAGACGACAACACCGGCAGUGAUCAACCAUGGUGGCGCACUGUGACGGUGAACGGAGUCAAGGUGCGCAUGCAGCUGGACUGUGGUGCUGCGAUAAGCGCUGUCUGGCAGUUAUUUUAAUCAGCUGUUUAAAAAUGUUAAUUUGUUACCUCCUAAGACAAAUUUAAAAAUGUACGCGGGACAAAAAGUUACACCGAAGGGCAUUAUGUCGUGGAAAGUUUACGUAUGGCAAUAAAAAGAAAUCAAAUUUAAAGUUAGUCGUAGUAGACUCAGACGACAGCCCGCCCAUUAUCGGACGUCGGUGGAUGACGGCGUUAGGUAUACAAUGCAGUCCUCAGGCUCCCGAGACGAUAUAUAGUAUUAAUAACGCUCGUGAGGGUGUAGUGACACAGCUGGCUCGAGAGUUCCCGCAGGUGUUCGCGCAGGGAACUGGCAAGUUCACAGGUAAGCCCAUACAACUAAAAGUGGCCAGUGACGCGCGGCCCGUGUUCUGCAAGCCGCGGGCCGUGCCGCACGCGCUGCCCGCCGCAGUGGAGGCCGAGCUGGAGCGCCUGCAGGCGGACGGGGUCAUCUCGCCGGUGGAGACUAGCGAGUGAGGGACGCCCGUCGUGCCCGUUAUCAAACAAUCAGGUGAGGUAAGACUAUGCGGGGAUUUUAAAGUAACACUAAACCCGGUAUUAGAGGAUGACAAAUACCCGAUACCUCGUAUCGAUGAAAUAUUCUCUAAUUUGCAAGGAGGACAACUUUUCAGUAAAAUAGAUUUGAGUCAUGCUUAUCAGCAAUUACCGCUUACAGAAGAAUCUAAACAGCUGUGCGUAAUCGUGACUCAUAAGGGUAACUUUUGUUACAAUAGAUUACCGUUCGGUAUUAAGUGUAAUAUGAGUAAAUUUCAGCGCGUCCUGGAUAGCCUAUUCAAGAAUAUGAACCUUAUUGCAGUGUAUUGCGAUGAUAUUUUGGUCACGGGAGUUAACGACGAUGAUCAUUACAAACGCCUGAUAUCGACGAGUAAAAUAGAUGCCGUUCAGGCAGCCCCAGUACCAGACACCGUAUCGCGUUUAAAGGCAUUCUUAGGCUUGGUCAAUUAUUAUGCCAAAUUCAUACCUAAUAUAAGUACCGUUUUACACCCGCUUUACGAGCUACUAAAAAAACAUAACAAGUUUUUGUGGUCUCGGGAAUGCAACGAAGCAUUCAUGAAAAUGAAACAAAUGUUAGCCGCAAAACCGAUGUUAAUGCAUUAUAAACCUGAUGCACCUCUAUGGCUCUAUUGUGACGCAUCUCCGUAUGGGUUGGGGGCGGCGCUGGUGCAGCGGGGCGAAGGGGGUGAUCUGCCAGUGGCGCACGCCUCGCGGGCGCUCAACCGCCUGAACGAAAUUAUGCACAAAUAUGUCGUGAGGGUCUUGCAAUCAUUUUUGGCGUUCAAAAAUUUCAUCACUACCUUUUUGGUAGACGGUUUACCUUAGUUACGGACUGUAAACCGUUAGCGCACAUUUUAAGCCAGCAUAAAAGUAUACCGCAAAUGGUAGCGGGACGAUUGCAGCGGUGGGCGGUAAUUUUAAGCGGGUACGACUAUGAGAUAGCUUGCGUUAAAUCGGAACAAAACUGUUUAGCAGUUAAUUUGUCACGCCUACCGUUAGACAUUAUAAAAGACGAAAAAAAAGUAGGGUAUUAUGCGAAUUUUUGAAUUUUAUCGAUGACGGUAUAUCGAUUAAUCAUCGCGAUAUUGCAAAAGGCCCGGACACCGGAAGGAUUGACAGAUUAACAGCUCUUUCUUGAUUCGGUGGGUGGUGGUGCAUGGCCGUUCUUAGUUGGUGGAGCGAUUUGUCUGGUUAAUUCCGGUAACGAACGAGACUCUAGCCUGCUAAAUAGGCGUCGUCAUUUAGGUGCGCGCGGCCGUUCGCGGUCGUGCAACUCACUGGCGACGUAUUAAAAUUCUUCUUAGAGGGACCGACGGUUUCGAGCCGCAUGAGAUUGAGCAAUAACAGGUCUGUGAUGCCCUUAGAUGUCCUGGGCCGCACGCGUGCUACACUGAAGGAAUCAGCAUGUUCUCCUUGGCCUAGAGGCCCGGGCAACCCGUUGAAACUCCUUCGUGCUGGGGAUUGGGGUUUGCAAUUAUCCCCCAUAAACGAGGAAUUCCCAGUAAGCGCGAGUCAUAAGCUCGCGUUGAUUACGUCCCUGCCCUUUGUACACACCGCCCGUCGCUACUACCGAUUGAAUGAUUUAGUGAGGUCUUCGGACCGACACGCGGUGGCUUCACGGCCGUCGGCAUUGCUGGGAAGUUGACCAAACUUGAUCAUUUAGAGGAAGUAAUAGUCGUAACAAGGUUUCCGUAGGGGAACCUGCGGAAGGAUCAUUAACGUGUAUACAUGUUGGUAUGGUAUAUAUACAUACAAACAUGUAUAACAAAAAUAAUCCGUUAACAUGAAACAAUUAUAUAUAUGUGUCCAGUUUACGUCACACACACACAGGUGAGAUCUAUUAUUUCGAUCUCGCGUCGCGUAUUUAAAAUGUUUGAGAUUAUUAACGUCUACUAUUUUGUGGAGGAGAGAGUUGCGCUUCGACCGGCAUAAAAAUCCGCGCCGUUACAGCUUAUCCUCUCCUCCUCCGUAUUAUAUAGACGGAUUAUAGUCUUUGAACUCUCGCGAACAUCAACUGUGGUGUUGUACGCAGACCGGACAUAUAUAUAUAUGUAUAUAUACGUCAACAUGCGGUAAUCGUUUAUUACUUUUUU